CAUUGAGCAGAGCGCUGUGACAGCAUCCGCUGCUGUUACUUUCUCUACCUGCUAUUCCCAAUGAACUAUCCGCAGAGAAGGCACUGAGCCUGCCUGCUUUCUGCAAGGCACCCAGCAGUGCAAUAUUAAGAUCGCAUUUUAUAUGAGAUCUUAACUUUUUGUCCCCUCUCUCCUUCCUUCCACUAUAUAUUUUUGAUACAUUUUGUUACCACCAUGGUGCUAGGAAAGGUGAAGAGUUUAACGAUCAGCUAUGACUGCCUUAAUGGUAGUCCUGUUCCAGUGUAUUCCAGCGGGGAUACAGUCUCAGGAAGGGUGAUUCUGGAAGCAACUGGGGAAAUUAGAGUAAAAUCCCUUAAGAUCCAUGCGAGGGGGCAUGCGAAAGUACGGUGGACUGAAUCGAGGAACGCCGGGUCUAAUACCGCCUAUACUCAGAACUACACUGAAGAAGUCGAAUAUUUCAGCCACAAAGACAUCCUGAUCGGGCACGAAAGGGACGAUGACAACUCUGAAGAAGGACUGACCACUAUUCAUUCAGGAAGGCACGAAUAUGCAUUCAGCUUUGAGCUUCCACAGACACCACUUGCUACCUCAUUUGAAGGCAGGCACGGCAGUGUACGUUAUUGGGUGAAGGCCGAGUUGCACAGAGCCUGGCUCCUACCAGUAAAAUUAAAGAAGGAAUUCACAGUCUUUGAGCACAUAGAUAUCAACACUCCUUCAUUACUGUCACCCCAAGCAGGCACAAAAGAGAAGACCCUGUGUUGCUGGUUCUGUACCUCAGGUCCAAUAUCCUUAAGUGCCAAAAUAGAAAGAAAGGGCUAUACCCCAGGUGAAUCGAUCCAGAUCUUUGCUGAGAUUGAGAACUGCUCUUCCCGUAUGGUUGUUCCUAAAGCAGCCAUUUAUCAAACACAAACAUUCUACGCCAAAGGGAAAAUGAAGGAGGUUAAGCAACUCGUGGCCAAUUUGCGAGGGGAGUCUCUAUCUUCUGGGAAAACAGAAACUUGGAAUGGAAAGUUGUUGAAAAUCCCACCUGUGUCACCCUCUAUCAUCGACUGUAGUAUAAUCCGUGUGGAGUAUUCUCUCAUGGUGUACGUGGAUAUUCCAGGAGCUAUGGAUUUAUUCCUGAACCUGCCACUGGUAAUUGGCACUAUUCCUUUGCAUCCCUUUGGCAGUCGAACAUCCAGCGUGAGCAGUCAGUACAGCAUUAACAACUGGCUUGGUUUGGUCCUGCCUGAAAGACCAGAAGCUCCUCCUAGCUAUGCUGAAAUUGUCACAGAAGAACAAAGACAGAAUCUCAUGUCAUCAAAUGCAUGUGACAAUUUUGAGUUGGCACUUCCAGGACCACUGUUUGCUUAUAUCCAAGAGUUUCGUUUUCUGCCUCCCCCUCUGUAUUCAGAGGUUGACCCAAACCCUGAUCAGCCAGUAGAAGGACAUCCCUCCUGUCCAUCCCGCUGAAGCGGCUUGUGUUCACCAACGGAUGAGACUCUGGCUUAGCAAGAUGUGGCAGCCUUUUUGGAAAUGCACUUUCACAGAGAAUAGUUUUGUUUUUCACUUUGAAAGUGGGAAACCGAAUCAACCUGUGGUCACGGUUAUGAUGCCUACAGCAUUGCAACCAGUCGCUAAGGGAGUUGUACUUCCUUGCUGUUGGCGAUCCUGCAGAACUGCUGCAUUCACACACAGUCGAGCGAUGAGAUGCUUGUCCCAUAAAACCAAGUGGACAGGCUUUCUCUUUACAUAUAAGAGUUCGCGCUCCUUCAGUGCGUAAUGUAGGGCAGCUUGGAAUCACUACAGCGUUCUUUAUUUUCCUUUUUUCGGCUUGGCUGUGUUCUGCACACCUACAAGCAGAAGGAAGCUUUGAGAAACUGAGAAAAUGCACUAACUUUAUUAUUAUUUUGUAACAAGAAUUGUUUAGCCUGGACUCAACCAGCAUAUUUACGUGCUUAGCGAAGUCAUGAAAGGCUACCUGUGCAUCACCUCUUCAGCUUGUAUUCAGCAAUGGAUUCAUUUACAAACAUCGAAUGCCUUCAUGCCAAUCCUUAUUGCUGUAUAUGUCGUUUUGCAACCUGCUGUAGCAAACUGGCUACCAGUGGGUCCCUUAAAAUCAAAGAGACGCGAGGAUUCAGACUUUCGUCAAGAUUGUACAUCUUAAUUACUUUAAGACAUGUUGCCUUUAUACUGUCACCCCGAGCAGGAUUUUGUUACAGACUUCCUACAAAUCACUUAAUCUCAGGAGAACUCUUCACUUGCCAAACUUUUCAAUGCUAUGUUGUCUUUAUGUUGCACUGUGCUUUUGUUGGGAGCAGCUGGGUUUCUGUGGAGUGAUGUUGACUGAUAACAUGCACAAGAGAGGUUAAGAAACUC